UCUAUUCUUCAACUACACACAGAACUAAUUAACAUUUUAUCACAAUACUAUUCUGUAAAGAUUUGAAGAUCCUUCAGUAACUGAAUUGUAAGCAAAUGUUUUGUCAAAAAGAAUGAAACCAGAACUUUUUCUUAUACUCAUUCAAUUCUCUUUAAUAAAUAUAGCCACACAAAAAAAAGGAACAAAUGUGUCUAUUUGAAACACUUGGGGGGACAAUACUUACUGUCCACAAGAGACAGGAACAAGUGCUGCACAACAUCAGACAUAAAACACACCUUCUCACUGCAGCAGUUUCAAAAUGGCUGUGUUCUUUCACUCCAGUGAGUCUGAUAUCAACGUUGCACUUGGCGAGUAUCAGGAAUCCCCCAGACCUGAACCUGAGGAUGCUGCUGCAGAGAGGACUCCAAAACCAAAGUUAAGACAUGUCAGUGUGGUUCUGCUGAGCUUUGGCCUGCUCUGUGUUCUUCAAGGGGUUCUCAACAUCUCCCUGAGACUUUCUCUGAGUGAGCCCACUGACAAAGGUGAGACAGAGGAAGAGAGCUGUCCACAGGACUGGCUGACGUUCGGCUCCAGCUGUUACUACAUUUCCUGGCAGGGGAAGAGCUGGGACGACAGCCGGCAGGACUGCCUGCAGAGGCACGCUGACCUGGUCAUCAUCAACAGCAUACAGGAGCAGGCCUUCCUCACCGGAUUCACAGAGGCAGCAUGGGUCGGUAUGACUGACAGGAAGAAGGAAGGGACUUGGGUCUGGGUGGAUGGAACACCAGUGAACAAAGACGAGUUGCGGUGGGCCUUGGGGCAGCCCGAUGGAGCAUACGGCGGAGAAGACUGCGGCGACAUUCGUACAAUGAUUAAUUUCAUUGGCCUGAACGACUUCAACUGUAGUGUCAGGAAUCGCUGGAUCUGUGAGAAGACGGUAGCUUAACUGGAUAUGUGCACUGUAACCAAGGGUGUGUCCAGACGGGGGACCUGGGGUUAUCCUUACCUCUUCCACUCCGCACUGUCUUUCAGAGGCUGUAGCUACAGCCUCAUAAAACUGUACAACCACAAACUAGAGACAGAGGCCAUCCAGAGGAUAUAUGGUAAUAUUUAGGAGGAUCGAUCGUCAGAAAUUGAAUAUAAUAUUCAUAGGUAUGUUUUCAUUAGUGUAUAAUCAGAAAGGACAAACCAAGCACAAGCUGUAGAUAGGGCCUUCUUCU